AUACUUAAGAAAAAAUCCUGAUUGAAGUUGUCAUAAUUCAUGCAUGACAGGGUUAAAUAACAAUAAUUACAAUGAAGCACACAUCAUACAUCUAUAGUAACAUUAAACAAUCAGUGAGUGGCAGGAUAUGGACACAUCAGUGUUCAAUGCAGUGGUUUAUGUGCAAGUAUAUCAUCAACACUGACACAAAUACAAGAAAACAGCCUUUGAAUAGCUGUCCACUGUAGUGACCAGUAUGUGUGAAAGGGUUAAUCUCACGUAGUAAAGUGUUAAAGUCAUGUUCUGUUAUUGACUGAAAAAACCAACAGACUCAGAGAUUUAGAACAAAGUAGAUCAUCACAGGUAGAUAACAGACGGAUGUCUGAUUUACUCUGAUCAGUUUUUGUGUUUGCAGGAGAGAUUUAGUUGUUAAAAAUCAAACAGUGUUUUUCUCUGUGAAAGAGAAUCAAGUUAUUAUGUCUCAAAGAAAUCAUUACAUUAAAUUUCAGCACUUUUCUUAUGACGCACUUUAUGAUCGUCCCACAGUCCAACCUACCCAACGUCACUUUAAUGCGACUUCCUGAAGACACAUCGGAAGUGUGGAAUUUGAACGAGUGACUGAAAACCAAAACUUUCAGCACUGUAUAAACCUUAAAUGUAACCUCAUGUAGUCAAGUGUUAAUUUGAAGAUCUGGUAUUCACUGAAAAUACCAACAAACUCAGACAUUUACAAUAAUCUAAGAGUCAGAUCAUCAGAAACAGAGAACACGGAAAUGUUUCCUGUAACUGCGUCGCUCUGCUCGACUUUGCUGUUUGUCGGUGUCUUCGUGUUUGUCUCUGCAGACCAGAAAAUCAUCACAGCUGAGUCUGGACAGGACGUCACUCUGACAUGUCGAGCUCCAAACAGCAGCAGCAUCUCAAUUGUAGAGUGGAGCAGAGCUGACCUGGGAGAUGAAUAUGUUCUUUUGUACCGGAAUGGGCAGUUUGAUCCAGAUGAGCAGCAUCCAUCUUUUAAGAACCGGGUGGAUCUGCAGGACAGACAGAUGAAGGAUGGAGACGUGUCUUUGAUUCUGAAGGAUGUGACGAUUAAUGAUGUUGGAUCAUAUGAGUGCCGUGUCAAGACAGGAAAUAAUCGCAGGAAAAGAGCUAAUCUCAGUGGUGAACCCAUCAGCAUCAUCACCCUGAGUGUUGUUGUUCCUCCAGGUCAGACAGGACCAUCUGCUGGAGUGAUCAUCGGUCUGUCGGUUUCUGCUGUGCUUCUUGUUGCUGCUCCUGUUGGUUUUUUGAUCUUUAGAAAAUAUAAACAACGACGGAGUCGGGAUUCAAUCCAGCAUCCUAGUGACAUGCAGCAGCUUUGAAAUGCCUCAGAGUUUCUGCUGGAGUGAUCAUCGGUCUGAUUGUUGCUGCUGGGUUUUUCAUCUACAGACAUAUAAAGAACAGAAAAUUAUUUUAAACUAGCAUCCUGAUGAUCAACAAGUUUGAAAUGUCUCAGUGAUCAUCGGUCUGUCGGUUUCUGCUGUGAUUCUUGUUGCUGCUGUUGUUGGAAUUUUGUUCUACAGAAAACAUGACUAAACUCAGAGUCAGGAUUCAUACUAGUCUCCUCUUGAAGUGCAGUAGAACUGAAAUGUCUCAGAGAUUUUACAUAAGAAUGCUUAAAGAUGGCAGCAUCUUUAAGGCAGAAAAGCAAAAGUGAGCCUGACUGAAGAAAGUAAAACAAUAGAGUCCAAAUAGAAAACUAAAAGAGUUGCUUAAUUUCAAAUAGAUUCCACAGCAGAGACAAUGGUUAAAUAAGGAGCUAACAGUUCCUCAAGUAAAAGGGAAAAAACAAACAAAUAAAACAGACAUUCAACUGAAGGAACACAGUGAAAGACCAGGAGCAGCAAAUCUAUCAACUGAAAAUUGGAAACCACAAUUUAAAAAAAAAAAA